CUUUUGUAAUCUAAAUAAAAUUAGAGAUAAAAUGUCAGAAGUAAAAUCCACUCAUCCAGAGAUCAUCUACGCGGAGAGAUGUUCUCUCACCGAUGAAGACAAGAACAUCAUCUAUUUCACCAUCAACGCUCCUGAUAUCAAAGGAGAGCCUAAGUUAGACAUCAAGCCAACUGGUAUCACCUUUGAGGCUGACGCCGGGGAUUCUUCCAGGGGCGUACCGGAGAAAAAGUUCGCUUUUGAUCUGGAAUUAUAUGAUGAGAUUAUCCCAGAGGCAACUAAGAAAAUGGUCACCACACGUGCUAUCGUCCUCGUCCUCCGCAAGAAAACACCCAAGGCGGAAUAUUGGCCAAGAUUGACAAAGGAGAAACCUAACAAGAAUUGGAUCAAAACGGAUUUCUCCAAGUGGGUGGACGAAGACGAACAAGAUGCUGCACCCGAAGAUCUGGGGGGUAUGGACGACAUGAUGGGUGGCAUGGGUGGUAUGCCAGGGAUGGGUGGUAUGGGCGGUAUGCCAGGGAUGGGCGGUAUGGGUGGUAUGGGCGGUAUGCCGGGAAUGGGCGGAUUGGGAGGGAUGGGCGGACCAGGAGGAAUGGACUUUGCCAAAAUGAUGGAAUCCAUGGGAGGCGCUGGUGCAUUGGGUGGUGAUGGUCCUAACUUCGAUUCGGAUGAUGAUGAAGUUCCUGAAGAUGACGAGGAAGGUGAAACGAUAGAGGAGAUUAGUACGGAUGAUAAAGGUAAAGGAAAGGGUAAAGCUGUGGACACCCUUGAAUCUGUGGAGUAAAUGACGUUGGUGGAAAUUGAUUAUCGAAAGAUUGGAUUGGACGAUAAAGAAAUCAUUGCAUGCAUAUCGGUGUGUC